AUAUACUCGUGGGAAACAGAUACGAGAAUGCUUCCACGUUCUUUACCCGUAGAGGGGAAGAAACUUUUACAUCAACAUUUUUAAUGGAAGAAUUCUCUGGGAGUAAUCGUGGAUCAGAUCCGUUACCAUCUCUAGCCUACACCACUAGCUAGGGAGAGAGAAACAUACGCGUGCCCCAACGCAGAAACCUCAGAUACGCAUCAGUUGCCAGCAGCAGCCGACGCAGCGCGGGGAAGAGCCAUAAGUAGUAGACGGCGGGCGGCGCGGCGGAGUCACCCCGCAAGCAAACGAUACCCAGAGUGUCGCAAAGAGCUUACGAGUUACCACACGAGAAGAAGACACGCACGCGCCGUCAUGCCGGCUCUAGUGGGCGCGCCGCCCGGCGACGCCACCGUGCUCGUCUACGACACCUUCAACGCCGCCAGCUUCCUCUUGGACACUGCCGCGUUCUGCGACGGCGCCGGCAUUAUUGCCGUCGCCCCGGCGUCCGCGAACCAGCAGCAGCAUGCGCCGCCGGAGCGGGAGGCGCCGACUAGGGCCAGGAAGCGGCGGCGGCGGGCGCGGAACUGCAAGUCCAGGGAGGAGGCCGAGACCCAGCGGAUGACGCACAUCGCCGUCGAGCGCAACCGCCGCCGCCAGAUGAACGAGUACCUCGCCGCGCUCCGCUCCACCAUGCCGGAGGCCUACGUCCAGAGGGGGGACCAAGCUUCCAUCGUGGGAGGGGCAAUCGUGUUCGUGAGGGAGCUGGAGCAGCAGCUGCAGUGCCUCGAGGCGCAGAAGCGGAAGCUGCUGCACGUUCCGGCGGCGGCGAAGCCUGACGCGACGCCAGCGCACGCCAGCAGCAGCAGCACCAAGAUCCGCGUGGAUUCCGCGGCGGCGUCGACGAGCAACUGCAGCAGCAGCAGCAGCGUGACGGAGGACGCGGCGGGCCACGCGCGGCCGGCCCCGUUCGCGCGGUUCUUCACGUACCCGCAGUACCUGUGGUGCCACUCGGCGCGCGGUGCUGCUGCGGCGGCGGCAGCGGAGGAGGAGGAGGACGGCCGGCGGUUGGGGGUGGCCGACGUCGAGGUGGCCUUGGUGGAGGCGCACGGUAGCAUCCGCGUGAUGACGGCGCGGAGGCCCGGGCAGCUCGUCUGCCUGGUCACCGCGCUCCAGGCGCUCCGCCUCGCCGUGCUCCACCUCAGCGUCACCACGCUGGACGCCCUUGUCCUCUACUCCAUCAGCGUCAAGGUGGAGGAAGGGUGCGGCCUGGCGACGGCGGACGACGUCGCGGCCGCUGUGCACCACGUGCUUUGCAUCGUCGACGCCGAGGCCACCGACCAGCAGCUGCUCGCGGCAGCGCGGCCGCAAUAGGGCCGACCGACGUCGUCCCCGGGUCCAUCGAGGAGGCGAGCGUAGAUGCGACGUGGCUGAAAAGGCCAUGUACAGGCAUAGGCGUCUUCAAGGCUCCGUUCAAACGCUUCGGUGUAAUUUUGUAGUUUCAUCUCUGUCUUUUUGGCUGUUUUUUUUCUUUUCGUAGUACUUGUUACUAGUACAUGCAUGUGUAAGCGUCUUUUCGGCAAGCAACUCUACAGAUUUUUGUUCAA